CCAGCCUGCCUGCCCUUUUGUUUGUUCGCUGGUCAGCUUCGUCCUUCUCGUUGUUUUCUUUUCCUACCUUCUUCCGCUCUCUUUCUCUCUCUCUCUCUCUCUCUCUCUCUCUCUCUCUCUCUCUCUCUCUCACGCCCUUGCUCUCUUGCUCUUCUUCUCUCUUCCACUUUCUUUUCCUCUUCCUCUUCCUCUUCCUCUUCCUCUCUCUCUCUCUCUCUCUCUCUCUCUCUCACUUAUUCUCAUUACAGCUACUCAGUAUUUGCUUCUACUGACCUACUGACCCACUGACCCACUGACCCACACGAAUAGUAUAGAUCAUAAUAGAUCAUAAUACAACAUCCUCAACAUCCUCAUCAUGGCUGAUAAUUCAGGAAGUGCACCAACCAGCACCACUCAACAUCACCAUCAUCCUCCACCCGAUCCUCCGAAUACUACUUCUCCCAGUGGUACUACCACCACCACUCCUCCUACCACGACCAGUCCCACUAAUAAGCUGGACUGUGACCCGCCUGCGGAGACCAAUGCGGGUAAAGCAGAGGCCAAGCCGCCAGUCCCCGCCCCCGAACCCGCCGCCAAAAAGACCGCGACGGUCUGUGCUAAACAUACCCCCGCCGCCGCUUCCUCCGACUCUAAGAAGAAGCCCCGUCGCUCCACCAAAACCUCCUCCAUUGUCACCCCAAGCGAUGACAGCUCCUCUGCUGUCGACUCCGACAGCAACGACUCAGAAUCCACCACCAACGAUUCCGCCGCAGAUAAUGAUGCCACCACUUCCUCCUCUAGCUCCUCUAGCUCCGACGAAUCCAAGGUAGAUCGCAAGCCGCGUCUAAGAUAGCUUUCAAGCGGGUGGAUCAAUUAUGGGACAAUACGAUCCAUAACUACAAAUUGACUGAGACGGUCGAUGAUCCUGGUGCCAGCGAGUGGGACCAAUACC